AUGGAGGUUCAACGACAACUUCAAAUAGUGCAGUUUGAUACCUGAAAUUUUUUUUAAAUCACUUUUUUUUUUAGAAAGAACGUUCGGAAACUACGAUCGAAAAUUGGGAACGACAAAGCGUAUUGGAAAAAAAAUAUUCAAUCGAUUACUACUACUGGAAAGAUUGAUGUGAGGUUUCGAAUAUUUUAGUUUCGAAAAAAUUUAUAACAAGAUGAAGAAGACUUGACCUUAUUAACCAUGAAUUUAAGUUAUAAAAUCUCGCGCAGGUUGCGGAAAAAUUAACUUUGUGUGAGUAUUUUUUUGAACUUUCGUUCUUAACUUUGUCAAAAACUAUUGUUUUGACUUGACAUUUUGAAGAAGUUUGUUGUUGAAAACGAUAUUUCGGGCCUGAAAUUUCGAAAAAGCAAAACAAAGAAGUUUGGAAAAGAUCUUAUGAGCGUGUUGGGAAAACUUAUCGAGUCAAUGUCCCGAAGAUGCAAGGCUUUCAUCAAAUCCAAAGGCUAUGCUACGGAGUAUUUCAUCUUUUUUUCUUAAUUGUUCGAAUUGAGAGUCUUUUAUACCGGUUUACUGGUUUUGUUCAAUUUUUAUUUGUUGAUUAUUUUUUUGCGUUUUUGAUGGAUUCGAAACAGAAUUUUUUCGGUGUUUUUUUUUUUUGGAAACUGUUUGAACUUCCAAUUCAAGUCGUCAAUAACAUCAUUUUACUAAAUUGUUUGAAAUUUCAGGUCAAAAUGAUUUUUUUUGACAAAGUUACGGAAGAAAACCAAAAAAUACUCACCCAUUUUCGCUACUGUACAUCCUCUUUUUCCGCAUUCGAAAGUCUUUCAUUUUUGAAAAUUCAGUCAAUCUCGAGAAAUCCGCCUCCCAUCAAACUCGCGACGACAGUUUCAAAAAAGAUUUCAUGGCGGACGGAGUUCGAUCAACUGUGA